AAAAAAACUACACUCACUCUCACACACUGAUUCUAUUUCUAUCUGCUCCUUAAAACACACAAAAAAUGUUCACUCCAUCUAAUCUCAAAUCCUUAUACCCUCUUCAAAUUUUCUCACCAAAAUCAUCAACAUCAUCAUCUUCAAAUUUAACUUCAAUGAAACUCAAGAGAAUCAUCCACACCCUCUUAGUUUCACACAUGUGUAGAAUCAUUCGUGCACUUUCAAAAGUCAAAGAUUUUAUUGUUGAGAUUCUUAAAGACAACAACAACAACUCAAUCAUCAACUUCACUUAUUACCCAUCUCACAACAAAAAACGUAACAACAUAAGAAAAAAGAUCAUUUUGGGUUCUUUUAGGCUUCAUUAUAAUUGGUGUUCUUCAAAAUCUUCUCAUGUUUUGCCUGUUCCUGAAGGAUUGUUUGAACAAAAAGGUGAGGAUUGUCCUGAAUCACAUCUUGCAGGGUACCUACAAUGGCUUGAAGAGAAGAAGAAAGUUGAAGAGGGUACAAAGGAGAAAGAGAUUAACGAGAAUAUUGAUAUGUUAGCUGAAAUGUUCAUUGCCAAUUGUCAUGAGAAGUUCAAGUUGGAAAAACAAGAAUCUGAUAGAAGGUUUCAAGAAAUGUUGGCUAGAAGCAUGUAAAAAAAGAGUUGCAAGUUUUAUUUUAUUUUAUUUUAUUUUUUGCUAUGUUUUCUUUAUUAACUUCACUACUUGAUCACUUUUGUACCUUAUGCUUAGAGGGUGUAUUGGACUAAUAUUGGGCUGGAUUUUAGUUAUAUGGUCGUAUUUGCCUUUUUCUUUCUUAUUCAAAUUAACACUUUUCAAAAGAUUUAGUGGGGUUUGAUGAAUUGUGUACUUGGUGUGAUGGCAUGGGGAAUUGUGCAAUUCUUCAUAUUUGCAAGCUUAUUUUGAUGAAAAGUGCAGUUUCAUAUUUAGUAGAUA